CUCGAACGAAAAAUUCCACCACACCGAACAGAUCAAGAAACUUCAAGAACGCAUCCAAAGCUCGCCCUAUAAAAACCAAAGCCUCACGCACAGACACAAGCCACUUCAACCCACAUACCCACCUGAAUCAUCAGCAGAUCGUCACCAUUUCCGGCGGCCAACGAUGUCUGUGAUUUCUCAUCUCAUGGGGAACGAGAUCCUGGACCCGUUCCUGUCGAUGGUCAACAAGUGCCCGGUGCUCAACGCGCCGACCGACUGGAAGGAGACCCCGGAGGCCCACGUGUUCAUCGCCGACCUCCCGGGGCUGAAGAAGGAGGAGGUGAAGGUGGAGGUCGACGGGGACGGGUACCUGACAAUCAGCGGGGAGAGGAAGGCGCCGGAGGACAGGGAGGCCAAGGGUGGCGGAGAGGAGAAGUGGCACCGGGUGGAGCGUUUCCGGGGCAAGUUCUCGAGGCGGUUCAGGCUGCCGCGGAACGCAAAGAGGGAGGAGAUCAAGGCGUGCAUGGAGGACGGGGUGCUCACCGUCAUCGUGCCCAAGGCGGAGGAGAAGAAGCCCGAGGCCAAGAGGGUCGAGAUCCGCUGAUGGAA